AUGAAAUAUACAAAGCAAGUGGGGUUAGAGGCGCAGAUUGCCUCUGACCCACAGCUUUUGCCUUCGGAACCUCUCUUUGUCAAAACGCUCCGUUUUGAAUAUUUGAUAAAUGAGGUAUCUCAAACAACCUCUCAUGGAAGCAAUAGUAGUAAGAAAGAAAAAAUAAUCAUCAAAUACCUUGGAAGUAGUCUUCUUCUCUUAUCUUUAACUCUUUCUUUGUUAGUGAUAGUCCUUGCAGACGAAAGAGGUGACCAUAAAUGCGGACCACCUAACAGCAACCCUCCAUGUGGAAACACCAGAUGCUGCAGCGUCCAUAACUUUUGUGGUGGCGAAUCUGCCUACUGCCAAGGAGGAAACUGCCGAUACCAGUGUUGGUUCGUCGCACAUGGUUCGAGCCAUGACCUCCCCCGUGCUUUACUCAGAAACAAUGAUGGUAUAAGCGAGAUUCUCAGUGAAUCAGUUUAUAAUGAAAUGUUUAAGCACAUGAAGGAUUGUCCUAGCCAAGGCUUCUACAACUACGACGCCUUCCUCGCUGAUGCGGCGUCUUUCCCUGGUUUUGCUACGACUGGUGAUGUCGCCACUCGUAAAAGAGAGCUCGCCGCUUUCUUUGGUCAAACAUCUCAAGCGACAACAGGCCAAUGGUCUGAUUCAAUAGAUUCGCAUGCAUGGGGAUAUUGUCAUAUUAACGGGACUACUAUGGAUUCUGAGAAUGAUUAUUGCACGUCUUCUCAUUGGCCUUGCGCUUCUGGCAAAAAAUACAAUAGUCGAGGACCUGUACAACUCACUGAGUAA